ACGCAGUAAGCGCUCAGUAAAUACGAUUGAAUGAUGAAUAAAUGACUGAGACAGCUGUAGGGUUCCAGCAAACAGAUCUGAAAAGGCAAGAGGAAAGUGACCAAGGGUUAGAGGGAGAAGAGGGAGGGAAGACCUACAAUCUGGUCCGUCCCCACCCCACACAUCCCCUCCAGGAAAGUUAGCACUCAACCAGACCCCUAAACUGCGGUCAGUUCCAGAGUCUCCAACGCUUGUUCUCAGUGCUGCACUCACGGUGCCCAGCUCCUUUUCCAGGGCAGAGCCAGUGACUGAAGGAUAGAGCCACUGACAAGAGGCAUGGAUAUGCCAUUUUGUCCCAUGUAGUGUGGCAGAAAAGCAGAGAGCUGCUUCUGAAGGGCAGUAGGGCGAAAUAGCUUCCAGCCCCAGGCAGACCCGAGUUCGCUGAGAAGUUGGAGGGUACCACUUGGUAGUGGUGAGAGGCUCCGGUGCCUGGGAACAAGGGCCCUCUGGAGUUCUCAUCCACUGGCUUAUCGGGGCCGUGGUUCUGGAGGGUCAGGAACAAACAGACUUCAAAAUCAAGGGCUUGGCUAAGGGACCAGACCUCCCCCUCGCCCCGCCACCCACCUACCCAUAUAAGUCCCUCAGCAGGCUGGGGGUAGAGUCGUGCCAGGGUUGGUUCCCUCAGCGAGAUGGAUGCCAGCAGCAAAGAAGUCCUGAUGGAGAGUCCGCCGGACUACUCCGUCGCCCCCCGGGGCCGGCUCGGCAUCCCCUGCUGCCCUUUCCACCUCAAGCGGCUGCUCAUCAUCGUCGUGGUGGUUGUGCUCAUCGUGGUGGUCGUCCUGGGGGCCCUGCUGAUGGGACUGCACAUGAGCCAGAAGCACACGGAAAUGGUCUUGGAGAUGAGCAUUGGGGGGCCAGGGGCCCAGCAGCGCCUGGCUCUGAGUGGCCACGAAGGCACCGCCACCUUCUCCGUGGGUGCCACCGGCACCGUGGUGUACGACUACUAUCGGCUGCUCAUUGCGUACCAGCCCUCCCCGGGGGCCACCUGCUACGUCACUAAAAUGGCCCCGGAAAAUAUCCCCAGCCUGGAUGCCAUCACUCGUGAAUUCCAGAGCUACCAGGCCAAACCCUCCAUGCCAGCCACAAAGUUGGAACAAGAAGAGACCAAUGAUGCCAGCCCCGUGGCCCUGGCGGAACGCUCCCUCCUGAGCACCACGAUCAACGUCCUGUGUAGUGAGGUGCCUGUCUACUACAUCUAAAGGGCAUCAGGUUCCCUGGAGGAGGCUUAGCUGGGACACCGCCAGCCAGGGAGGGUCAGAAUGGCCGGGGCCCGCCCCGGGGGCCCGGGAGAAAAGCUGCGUGCUCGCGGAUGGGGUGGGCCGAU